UCAGCAUGCAGCCACAUUGUUCACAUACAGCUGCGAGGGCUUCGUGAACAGUGUAGAUUGUAUCCUGACUCUUCCCUCUUCUCCCAUUAUGCUUUCAGCGUGAGAACCACAAGAUAAUUGAGCAGCUGAACCGAGGAACCCAUCACAACUUCGUUCAAACUCCAUGAGGUGUUGAUAUAAAUACCUGCUAUUCUCCCGUCACCCAGGAGAUACUCACCACCUGUCCGGAUAUUGAACGUAUCCGAUAUCAGCCUCUCCUCCAUAUAUAUACUUUAUACUACAUUGUCAUCCAGUGCACCAUUCGCCUGACAUUCUUCGGUUCCCGUUCCUGGCUCAGGCAAACCGACGAACAAACAAGACAAUACGACAGCAGCUCGAUCCCCCACGAUGCCACCCGACAAGAUCAAAGUCUACAACGACCCACGAGUUUCCUUGCACAGCGCACACUUGAACGGCAUCACCUACGGAUACCUAUACAGCCCAGCAUACGCCAGCAGUUCCACCUCUCCCAAUUCCUCUCCCACUACCUCCAACUCAUCCCCAUCCCCAUUCACAUCCACCAAACCAAAACGAGGCACCAUCUUCCUAGUCCACGGCUUCCCCGACCUCAGCAUGGGCUGGCGCUACCAAAUCCCAUACCUAACAUCCCUAGGUCUGGACGUGAUAGCAAUCGACUGCAUCGGGUACGGACGCACCGACAGUCCCCUAUUCCAUCUCCAAUCCUACACAUACCGCCGCGUAGCAGACGACAUAGCCGAACUUGCCCGCCAACUUGGACUUUCAUCUCAAGGAAUCAUCCUAGGCGGCCACGACUGGGGCGGCGCGAUCGUCUACCGCGUGGCCCAGUACUACCCCCAACUAAUCCGGGCUGUAUUCAGCAUCUGCACGCCCUAUUUCCCACCCUCUCCCACAUACGAACCAUUGGCUCUUCUGGUGCGAAAACGACUGCCCAAUUUCGGGUACCAGCUACACUUUGCCUCGGGCGAGAUCGAGGCGAAUGUCCAGUCGAGAGCAGAAAUCCGCCAGUUCCUCAACAACAUGUAUGGGGCGCGGACGCCGGAAGGGACAUUUGCCUUCCACGCCGAAAAGGGAAUCGACUUGGCCGCGCAGGCCCGUGUGGGAAAGAACAAAUUGCUCGAUGACGACGAGAUGGAUUACUAUGUGGCCGAGUAUGCCAGACAUGGCCUCAAUGGGCCUUUGAACUGGUACCGCAAUCGAGAAGAAAACUUCGUCAACGAGUGGCGCGACCUUUUCCACCAUGGCGCAAAGAAUCCCCAAGACGUGCUUCGCGACACCACCAUCCAACAGGAGGUCUUGUUCGUGCUGGCUACCAGGGACCAGGCUCUGAAGCCUUUCAUGGCUGAUAGGAUGGCUGACCGUAUCCCGAAUCUGACGAGGCGCGAGGUCAAUGCUAGCCAUUGGGCACUCUGGGAACGGCCAGACGAGUGUAAUCGUCUCAUUGGCGACUGGCUGAAUGAAAAAGUCUUUGUCAAAGAUAGGGUGGCUAGUAAGCUGUGACGGCAGGCUUAUGGUGGUUGUUCGUAAAAGGUCCAUGUUGGCAAAUGCGCAUGAAUGAAUGACAUACUUGUCGAUAAUACUCAGGCAACACUGUGUCAUGAAGUAUGACUAUAGUAAUCCCAGCGUUCGAUCUAUCAUAUAUGGAAGCUUGGCCAAUCUGGAUACCUGUCUUGUUGGUGACCAAAAAAAAGUAAAAUAUAAGAAUAAAAUCCUAGUUUAUCAACAAACGAGAAAGUGGGAGCUUCUGCGUGGAUGGUUGGGUACAGCCCUUUUCAUCACCUUCCGGGCAUAUUCCCUCUGUAUUGAUUCAUUCAUAAUUGCAUUC